GGUUCUAGUUUCUGUUCGCCAAAUUAGAAAAACAGGUCCCACUCUAUGCUUCAGUUAUUUGACCAUGUCAAGCAAAAAAAUAAGAAAUCAGAGAAUAACAAUAGAUUAUUUGAACACUGGAAUAUGCUCUUCAUCCCCGAAUGGAAAAAACAGUGGUGAUGCGAUAGUAGCCGACUAGUAUAGCACAACUGAAUGAAAAACACUCAUCAUUCACUUGCCCAUACAUGACUUGCGUUAACUCAUCCAUGGAAUCAGGAAGUAAUAAUUGGCAGCGGUUCACUAAUGAAAAACGUAUAUUUACCGAGGCUCUGGAAGCUUCUGUUUUGUAUCGGCAAAUAACUAGACUAUAGGCUAUUAGACAAGAGUUACGCACUGGAAAAUACAAUAUCCGUGUACCGGAGCCUAUCUUUUGGUUAAAAUAUUUUUAGUGUGCCAUUUUAUUCUCGUAAAGUACCCGGAAGACUUGCAUUUGACACCUUAGGUAGGAUGGAUGUAACUCACCUGACAGAAGAUGAAAUGGCCGAUAUAAAAAAGGAAGUCCUGACGAGGCUGCGGCCGUACCUUUGUGAAAAGAUCCGGGCUGACCGUCAUUUUGACUACCUGCGCUCGCGGAAGAUCCUGACGCGAGACGACACAGAGGAGAUCAGCUGCAGGAUCACGCAGACCAAGAAAACAGGCUUGCUCCUGGACUACCUGGCUGAAAACCCUCGGGGGCUGGACGCCCUGGUCGAGUCCAUCCAACAAGGACGUACGCUCAACUUCCUGAUUACCAAGAUCACUGAUGAAGUGCAGAAGGUGAAGAACGAGAAGAUGGAGUCUCUCAGAGCAGGGGCAUCCAGUUCCACCUCGGGCUUCCUGCCAACUCAGGACACAUCCGGGGUCAAUAAAGACCUCUCCAGGACACUGUCAUAUGAGUCCAACCUGGCAUCCACAUUAUUUUACAACGGAGAGGGGAGCCCAUCCACCUCUGACGCCCUAAGUUUCCUCAACCGGCCCGCUGCCUCCAGCCAUGGGAAGGAGGUGUUGUCAUCCAUGCGAGGGGGUAGCAUGGCUGUGUCUUCAUCCCAGGUCUCUUCCACACUGCCCAGGCCUGGAGACCCAGGGGCUCCCCCCCUGCCGCAGGAAGUGCUGCUACUGCCAGAGGCCUCAUCUAACAUGGACGCUGGACCACACAGGAGCACGGCGAUCAGCGGAGGGGACGUCAACUUCCAGCCCCUGAGGUCACGCUCCACACUCACUUCCAUGUCAUACAGGGACCUCUCACCUCAGCCCCCACCAAAAUCUUACUGAACCCCCCCCCCCCCCCCCCCCCCGCCCUGGACUACUUCCCAGCAUUACUCAUAACAAACAUUCACUCUUCAAAUGUGUUGUUUGUACCAGUGUAUGUGUUUUAUCAAUGGUUUUAGUUAAGUGAUACUUUACAAGUUACUAUUUGUUUAAAGUAUGUUCCAUGCCUUACAUUAUACACUGGGUCAUCCGAAAGCUGGACAAACCUAUUUUGGGUUCAAUAUGAAACAAGUAACUGCUUACUAAUGAUGCCUCAAUCAUAAGCUGUACCCUCAUGAAUUUUACUCUGCUUAUAUCAAGUCCUCUUUUGUAAAAUGCCCCUUCCUUACACAUAGAGAGAGUUGGGUUGAGACAUACAGUGCUUUCAGAAAGUAUUCAUACCCCUUGACUUAUUGUGGUACAGCCUGAAUUCAAAAUGUAUUAAAUACAAUAAAAAUCUUGCCU